GUUUGCUUAGAAUUAUUUUUGGGAGUCCAUGCGUGUUUCGUAAACUGUAUUAACAAAAUUAUCUAGUUGAGAGCAUGAUUUGUGAUGCGAUUUUGACAUGACAUGUUCUCUUAAAAUUUCCUUUGUGUUGUAUUGGGAUUUUAUCAGAUAAGGAGUAAGCUGAUGUAACGGGAUGCCAAACAAUCUGUACUCUCUGAAAGAAAAAACGGGUGAAUAAUUUUGGUCACGUCGCUCGUUGAAGACGGUGUUCCCACAGAAGUCGUGUACUUCGCGCUGCGCGGACACAGGGUGUGAGAGGGGCAGAUCGGCCAGAGUGAAGGCAGUGAAAGGUAUCAUCAAGGCUCUGUUCUUCUGCAGUCCUCUGAACACGAGAACAUCCCAGGACCGCCGUGAAAGUUCGCCAAUGAGAACUGUAGCGGUCCUUGGUGGGGGUAUAGGGGGACUGGCAGCAUCUUACUACCUGGCCAAAAGCCCUCUGGUUUCCAAGGUCAUCCUGCUAGAGUGCAGUGAUCGGGUCGGAGGUUGGCUGUGGUCCACCAGGAGGCCUGAUGGAGCGGUUUUUGAACACGGACCAAGAGGGAUCCGACCAGUGGGAGCAGUGGGUCGUAACACUCUCAACAUGGUGGAUGACCUGGGUUUGGCGGAUGAGAUUCUGCCAGUGACCUACAGUCACAUGGCUUCUAAGAACAGAUACCUCUAUGUCAACAAGAAGCUCCACAAGAUGCCUUCUGGGUUGAGUGGACUUUUGAGGACCGUCCCUCCCUUCUCACGUCCCCUUCUGCUGAGCAUCGCUAAGGAGCCCCUGAGGAGCAGGGGCGAGGACGACGAUGAGUCUGUCCAUUCCUUCGUUUCCAGGAGGUUCGACAGAGAGCUGGCAGAUAUUGCUGUGGACAGUCUGUGCCGGGGUGUGUUUGCUGGCGACUGCCGGAAGCUGAGUUUGCGCUCAUGUUUCCCCAUCCUCUACAACGCAGAGCAGCAAAGAGGCUCGGUGGUCCUGGGGAUGUUGCUGGGCUCAGGUCCUACACCGGGGCUGACUCCAGGUCCUCUGAGCCAGAGGUCGCUGAAGGAAUCCUGGGCUCAGUGGUCGCUGAAAAGAGGGGUGCAGUCCCUCCCCGAGCGCCUGAGUGACUUCCUGCAGCAGAGCGAGAGAGUGGAGCUGCACAAGAACACUCCGGUCACAAGCGUCACCCCCUCAGUCUCAGGGUGGACGAUCAGGACAGAGGACGGCAACCUGUCAGCUGACCACAUCAUCUCGGCGUUGCCUGCUAAAGUUCUGUCCUCCAUCCUCCCCGCGUCCUGUCAGUCCCUCAUCCAGAACCUGCAGCGAGUCACCAUGGCGACCGUGGCUGUGGUGAACCUGCAGUACGAGGGUUCUGUCCUUCCUGUCGCGGGAUUUGGACAUUUAAUCCCAUCAUUUGAAGACCCUGGAUUACUGGGGGUGGUCUACGAUUCAGUUCCUUUUCCUGAACACAAUCGGACAAGUGGAGAGACCACGAGAUUGACGGUGAUGCUGGGAGGGGCCUGGUUCCAGAAGGCGUUUGGGUCUCCAGUAGAAGUGACCGAAGACGUCCUGCUCAGCAGAGCCACUGCAGCAGUGCGCUGUCACCUGGGGGUGAACACGGCGCCCAGCUGGAGCUGUGUGUCUCUUGAGAAGGACUGCAUCCCUCAGUAUGAACUGGGCCACUCCAGGAGAGUUGAGUCCAUGUGGCACUUCAUCAAGGAGAAGAGCCUGCCGCUGACGCUCAUUGGAGCGUCCUACGCUGGUGUGUCGGUGAACGAUGUCAUCUUCAGUGCUCGUACUGGUGUGGAAAAGCUGCUGGGAACCACAGUGUGACCCAGUUGAUUGAAACUAAUCUGGGUGCUGGGUUAUUGAUUGCUAGCAGCAAACUCAUCUGAUGUUGUUUACUAGAACAUUAUGUUUACAUGCACAGAACCCAUCAAACCAGGUGUCCACUUCUUGUGACCAAGUAGUAGUUCCAGACUUUGGGUCAGAAAUCCAGGUGCAAGGGUCCUUAUGAAGCAUCCCACCAGGGUCUGAUGAUCGUCUUUUAGCUCUCGGGAGUUCCACAUCCAUGUCACACCCAACAUGAGCUGCUUCAGUGAGUGCAUGUAAACAUAAUGUAUGCCCAUGUGACUGCCUUAUCAUUAUUUAUUUCAGUACUUCUCCAGCAAAAAUGACCACUGUCAGGUCAGUCUCCACAAUAAAUGACUUUAGUAAUGACUGUGACUCCAUUUUGA